UUGCCAAACGCAUCCAUAUCAAAAACAAAAAAAGCGUUAAAAUCUUCGAUCACUGUAUCGGCAUCAACCUUUCAGGUAAUCAAAUUUCAUUCUCCAAAUUGUUUUCAUAUGAUAUUUUUACUUAGAUGUCAUAGACUCAUAUAAACAAUACACUAUAUCUUAUUUUCAUAUAUCUAGAUCCUCGCUCUCUCUAUCUCUCUCUUUGACAUGGAAAAAGCUUCAAGCCCAGAAAAAUGGCUAGCCAAAGUAUCAGUUACGCUCACAAAGGCAAAGCCUGACGAAAUCUGGCCUCUCUUCACCGAUUUUUUCAAUCUCCACAAGUGGCUUCCAACGCUAGCCACAUGUCACGGCGUCCACGGCAACAACGGUGAACAGGGUUGCAUCAGAUUCUGUUCCGGCUUUUCCAUAGGAUCCAACGGUGUAGACUCCGCCGCGAGAUGGUCAAAGGAGAAGCUUGUGGCCGUUAAUCCUGUUGAACGUGUGAUGAGAUACGAGAUAGUGGAGAGUAACACUGGAUUCGAAUCCUACGUUUCGACGGUGAAGAUAUUGCCACGUGGCGAAGAUGGUUGUGUGAUUGAGUGGAGUUUCACCGUUGAUCCUGUGAGAGGAUUGUCGUUAGAAAAUUUGGUUAAGAAGUAUGAGAAAGCAUUAGAGAUAAUCACCAAGAACAUGGAAGAAGAUGCUUUGAGAAGAAGAGAGUCGUCUUCUUAGAAAAAUUGUUGAUAAGUGAAUAGCAAAUAUGCGUUUAAUAAAACCCAUUUAUGAUUAGGGCAAAUUUGUAAGAUGACCAUAUUUGGAGUACAAAUAAAAAAAUUGUUCUGUAUGUUUUUUAAAACUAAACUGUUUCUACUUUCU